GCGUUACCUCAGCUGGAGAACAAGGAAGAAGGUUGAAAAUAUGAGGGGAGACAGCAAAACAAAGGUCUCUGUUGACGUCUUAAUGAUUUCCGAUGGUGUCAGAUUCAGUGUUUCAACACGGCCACAGCAUACAGCGAGCGUUUGAGUCCAUGUUGGAGUCGCCAUGGUUCUGUGGCGGCUCUGCACCCUGGACCACCUCGACACGUCUGGGUUUGGUCGUCCUUUUCCACGCCACGGCCUCCAGCUGCUGUUCUGGUUCUCCAACCACUGCGUGUCCUCUGAGCCGGCCGACUCUGCGGACGUCAUGAAGCUGGUCUCAGAGUGUCAGCCGGAGAACGGGGACUACGGCUUCCACAAGUUCAGGAACGUGGAGGAACUUCUGCCCGUUCUGCACAAACCCAAGAAGCACAAGAGCACCAGACAGCUGCUUUACUUCGUGGUUGGGAACCUGAACACGGCGUCGUACCCGGAGUCGGCGGACCUGCCGCCGUUCGUGAGGGAAAACCACGGGGCGGACGGCAGCUCCAACAGCGACCGCAUCAUCAUCAGCUACCAGGCGAAGACCAGGGUGGUGGACAAGGUGUACGUCACAGAACACGACGACGCCGACGCAGGACGGUUCCGAUCCGACGGGACUCACGAGGUCAGCCCAGAACUGAUCCGCGUGCUGCAGAACCCGCUGCUGGACCUCAGCUGCUUCCUCGCACAGAUGGGUUACUACGAAGAUGCUGAGGUGCUCCAGGACACGGAGGAGAUGCAGGAGCCAUCGGUCCAGAUGAUGCUCAGCAGGAUGCAGAACGAUCCGUCCGGGUUCUUCUCCGAGGCCCUCAGUCAGCAACUGAACUUUGAUCAGUUCAGGUUCAACAUGAACACAGACGACGGCGGGGCCGUGGUCCAUUACACCCCGGUGAAGAAGAAGAAGAAGAAGAAGAAGAGGAGCAACCAGAAACUAAGCCCUCUGGGGGAGAUCUACUGGCGUUCCAGCCGGCAGCUUCCAUACAGAGAUUUUGAUGAAGAUUACUGGAUAAUGUCCAGCAGGGGAUAUGGAUACAGUUAUGGAGGUGGGUAUGGAAGAGGAGGUGGAGGAGGAUUUUCCAGCUUCCUGAAAAUCCUCCUGAAAGUCGGAGCGCUCUACCUGGCAGCUAAAUGUUUCAGCUGGUUAGUGAAGAAGCUGUGGAGCACCAACUGGGAUGAGAACCUCCUCCAUGCGAUCCCAGGAAGGACUUCUAGGUAUCUGGGUCGUCGGCACACGCACAUCAUGCUGGAUUAUGUUUACUAGACCCAUCAGGACCUGAGAAACUCACCGUGCUGAUUUUAAUGAUUCUGAAGUGAUUUUAAGAUUGAAAAUGUAUAUUUCUAUAAUCUUAUAUGUUUUUACGUAUUGGUGCUGAGUCUGUAAAAAUAAAAUGUUUUUAAAAUUAUUUCUUUGUGUAAAGUUGAUCAAAACUGAGAUCAACAAGUCCUCAAAAUGUACGUGCUCCUAUAAUCCAUCCAUCCAUCCAUCCAUCCAUCCAUCCAUCCAUCCAUCCAUCCAUCCAUCCAUCCAUCCAUCCAUCCAUCCAUCCAUCCAUCCAUCCAUCCAUCCAUCCAUCCAUCCAUCCAUCCAUCCGUGUGUCCUCAGGUGGAGGAGCGACUCCAUCGUCUCAGUCAAGGACAGAAAAGAAAAAAAAUCUCUUUGUCUUUAAAGAACAACAGAUUAAUUUUGACCUUAAAUUUGGUUUUAACAUUUUUUUUCAGUGUUAUGAAGAAAACAAACAAUAUUUGUACUGAAGAGUUGUUUUCAGUUCCCUGAUAUCUCUGUGAUGAAUUAAAUUUGUAAAGAACUGA